GCGAACGAGAACUGAGCCCAGGCUCUGUGGGCUCUGGCCCUGCUUUCGGAGCUGGGUGGGCCCAGGAAGGGGCCGUAGGGCGGGAGCCUUUCGGGGGUGGGCGGUGGUGCCGCCAGCGGGGAGGCCCAGGGAGCCGGACGGUGUAGACCGCACCUCCGGAGGGCGCCGGCUCAUCUGCGCGCUCCCGGCGACGGUGGGGCCCGCGGACUCGGGGCCGGUUGGCCGUACCCGUGCGGCGCUAGGUCGUUCUUGCAGGCCCCGAAGCCUGCCCUGCGGCCUCGACUGUGGCCGGUCUGAGUUGCUCCCCCCUGAGGGGAGAGCAAGGCAGGAGCUGCCCGGCAGCCCUAGGAGAGCAGGACGCUUGGUGGUGAUUCCCAUAUGUACAGGGAAGCCGGGGAGUUGCCAUGCGGGGCCUGCAGCCUGCGCUGAGACUGCUCCUGUGAGCUCUCCGUGCCACCCGAUGGGUGAUAGUGUAAGCGGUGGAGAAGCCCAGAACGUACUUGUUGCAGAUAUAUCUAGUAUUAGUGUAUGUAUGCAUUUAGUAUGCAUAACCGUCUCUUCAGUUGCAGUUUAAAGCACACUGGCAGCCCCAUUAUCAGACAAGGGAUAAACUUGAAUGUGACCUUACUAUUGAAUCUGACAAUGACAACGUGCACUGUUUCCCAGCCUUCUGUAGCCUCUCAAGGCAUCAAAACCUUUCCACCAAAUAUCUAAAUAUCUGCUGCAGAUUGUAGCAAGGUAAGACAAAGAACAAGUGACUUAAAGUGCUUCCAUUAAAAAAACUGAAAAAAAACUAAAUUGCAUUGAUUUAAUAUAUUUUUUAUAAUAUGAGUAGUUCUAUUUUUAAAGUUUCUUUCCUUGAAUAGCUGUUCCUAGUCAAAGGCUGAAUAUUGUAUGAUUUAGACCGAUCAUUUCAAAAUAAUGCCACCAGACCUGCACUAACUUGUAAGUAUAGAAUACUACCCAGCCUUAAUUUCUUUUGUAACACAAAAACAUUGGAGACCCAUAGUCCCAUUAGAAAUCUGUUUUUUAAAGAAAAGAAAUCAGUAUCUAUUUAGUGAAAACUGGAAUACUUUAAGCACUCUCGGUUUGUUUGUUUCUGUCUCUUUCUUUUUAAAAGGCAGUUUAGUUUUCUGUUGACAACUCAGGUUUUUUGAUGUCUUCCCAAGUGGGCUAACCUGAAAAUAAGAACUUCAAAAAUUAAACUUAGAAUUUAGUUGAUGAAAAUAUGGAAGAUCAAAAAUACAGAGAAGUAAAAAGGAAAUUACAAGGGAAAUUCUACUUAACUAAUCCACUAAAGAAUAAAAAUCAUUUGUGUUACAAUAUGCAUCAGCUACUUUGCAUGUAUCUCACUUGUUUCAUUUUUUGAUGAGUCAGCAGAGUAAACAAACACCUUUAUGCUGUCCAGGAGAAUCAUUUUACUGACCAAGUGAAGUUUUUGUCUGUGAUUCAAUCCAACAGGGGAGUCACUGUUCAUGUGGAAGGCUCUAAAUAUUUUAGAGAAGUUAUUGUUUGUUAAACACUUGUCUCUACUGUUGCAUGGCAGAAAGAUGUUAAAUGGCCUUCUUUCCCACCAUUUUGUCUCACUUCUCCUGCUUGCUAAGUCUGCUCAUACAAAAUUCAUUAGUCUGGUCAGACUCUUUACAUUACGUGUGUCUUUUUUCUUUGUAAAUCAUAUUCUCUGUCAUGCUGAUCUGGUCUGAGGUAGUCAAUUGUGUUGCUAGCUGUAGUUUCUCAGUAGUGCACUUAUGAGGUCUUCGAUUUUAAAAGGUAGUUUUCUGGAUCAUAAUAGUUUUCUGUUUAAAACUGUUCAUAACAAAAAUUAAAAAAACCUGGUUCCUGCUACUUGGAGUAGGAGCAUAUUAGUAGAAAUUGAUGUAAUCAUCUUUUAAAAAAGAACACUGUAAAUGGUAGUUUUAUGUAAGCCAUGUGAUAUUUAUUGCUUGGUAUACCAGGUAGCUGAAUGGCUUACUUUUUUACCUGUUGACUCAGGUUGAGCACACUCUCCCCAAUACACACACAAACUUUACUACUUGUUUUAUAGGCUGUUGUUUUACAUUACAUUCUGAAGUUACUGCACUGAUGUUAUUAAUUCAGUGAUAUCAACUCAUGUUUCCUUAAGGUCUGUAGGAUUAUUGUGUAUGUCUUAUGCAUAAUUUUCUUGCAUGUAAUUUUGAGGAAGUAAAUCUGUGCUACACUUAGUUGUUAUUCUAUUUGAAUGUUGUCUUAUGUGGUGCAAAAAUUUCAUAUUGCCCCCAUUCUCUUUUGCUUAGAGUAGUAUGGAAUUUCUUGUAAGGAGCAGCAAACAUUUUUUUCCCUUCAGACUGCAGAGGGAAUGAUGUAGACUGUAUAUUUUACUCUUCACAAAGAGACAAUUUAAAUAAUUAAUGGUGUCCUGGCUUCACACAUGGUGGGCUGUUUCACUCACUCCUGACGUUUAACAGAUAAACAUUUUGUCUUUUAAGUGCAUUGUAUAUAUCAAAUAAUGGCGGCACAGAGAAGGGAAAGUAUCAAAACUGGCUUGAUAUCUCUGUUCAGUAUGUUUGACACUUUUACCAUUGGUAUCACCACUGCUAUCUCCAUUCUACUUUUUCUUGUUACAAUUACUGUCAUUUUAUCAAUGUGACAUAUCGUAGUGAUUCUUAGCUAAAACUAUUGCCUACAGGCUUGGCAUCUAGGAGGAAGAAUCAGUUCUGAAGAAGAAAACAUUUAUUGAAUGGACAAAAAUGUAAUGCUUAUCUAAAAGGAAAAAGAAAGGCAUGUUGUAAAAUCACUUCAGAUUCUAGCUGAGGAGAUAAGUAACAAUAGAAAUGCCAAAUUAUAGAGAACCUGUUAUUUUGUUAGGAGAAACUUACAGUAGUUCCAAAAUAAUGUGGACUUUCUACAAAGCAUAAGGAUAUCAAGGAAAAAAGCUCUUCAUUUUUCUUUUUUUUUUUAAUACUGAGUAUUUAAAGUUUGUAUUUUGUAAGUCACAUUUCCUUCCUCAGAAAGACAGUAAGUAAUACAUGUAACAGAAGAAAUAACAUUUUAUCAGAACAAAAAAACCCCAAGAUUUUGAGUGCACAUGGCAAGAACCAAUGGCAAGAAGUAAUUUCAACAAUAAAUGAUUUACAGUGCAUAUAUUGUGAUAUCAGGCCCUAGUGUGUCAUGCAUGUCUGUUUUUCAUUUGUCCCAUGUUAUGAGAUGGAUAUGAAUGGUAUCUGACAACUUUGUGGAGGAUUCAAUAACCAGGAAAUAUUUAUAUUUCCAAAAUGUGGAAAUUUUGAUGGUUUAUACUGAAAGAGCUAUCCCAAGAAUAUGAAUGUAUUCUUUGAGGUCAUACAGUGAUUUUUAAUAGUUAAUCUAGUAUUUAUCUUCAUUAUUUCUGUGCUCUGUGUUUUAGAUAAUUUUCUCAGGAUUUAUUGGGGUUGGGUCUGGUUACUUUAUAUGCAGAGCUUGCUUUAAAUAUACAGAGAAUUGAUAAAAUCUUGUAAAAUCACAUUGAAUUCUGUUUUGAAGGCCAUUCUGGUAGGUAUUGAUCAAUUGGAUUUUCUUGGUAACUGCUACUUUCAGUUACUUUGCAUAUGUUUUUGAUAUGUGGACCAGCAGCAAAGGAUAUGCCAUCUUGUUCUUAGUCUCCUUGCUUAGAUUCAAUUAUAAUCUUUAAUUAUAAAUUGUCUUGAAUUGGUAUCACACUGUUGUCAUUCUGUUUGAGAGGCAAGAAGACAAACCAGCAAUGAUCUGAAGAAGCAAUCUUUAAACUGAAGUACUGUUUUUUUCCAGUGUUAUAACUGAUGCUAGGAAUUACUGAUGAGCUUAUACUUGUAAACAGCAGUGAACAUAACCGAAGUUAUCGAAUGCUUUAUAACCACAGAAAUGUCCUAAAGAUAUUGUCAAAAAGUUUUAAAUAUCUAUUUAUAGGUAAUGGUACAGACACUCACUGUGAAUCUCAAAUUAGUUUAUUUUUUUUUAUAGGAGUCUUCUAAAUAAUGUCUUUAUGUCUUUUCUGGCUUUUUUCUCAGAUAAGGAUACAAAUAAUUUUGAAGCCAUAUGGCAGCUUGAAUAACUGGCAUUAAAAAUCUUGGGAAAGAAGAGCUGAACACAUACAUGCUGAGUUUUGGUCCUUUGCUUAUGGAACUGGCCAGUCAUUCCUGUCACUGUCUGGUAGUCCCCUAGCUCAGUCCCUUCAGGUUUUGAUGUUUGUGACACCAGCUUCUAAUGCUGCUGUUGCUUUCAAAUGUUUGACAGAUUUCUUCGUUUUGAUACUGCUCUUCACACUGCAGCACAGAAUGGGAGUUCUGCAGUUUCAGAACCUUGAGUACUUCGGCUGGACCUUGCUGUCUUGAAGACUUUCUGCUCUGAUAUUGCUUUGUACUGGUUUACAGUGAGGGUAAUUAUUGUGCAGUGAACUGCUGACUCCUUCCCUUCUGCAUGGUUACUUUUCCUGGUCAAUUGCUUUUGGUUACCAGAGCACAUGCCCAUGUUUCAAACAAAAUAAAUUAAUUUUAAAAGUUGUGUUCUAAGAAGAGCAGCCUUUGUGUUACUUUCAGAUUUUGAAUGCCAAAAGUGCAUUAAGAUAUCUUCCUCCUUCCUCUUCUUUAGGGCACAUACUGCUGUGACAAAUGAUUUGUUUGUUCUGGAUUUGUUUGUUUAUUUGUUUGUUUUGUUGGUUUUGCUGUUUAUAGAUAAUAUUAUUAAUUUCCAACCUUGCAGUUCAUCCAUUUUAUUUAUAGAUUUUCUAGAGUCACUUCAGUUUCUUUUAACAGAACAAAUUGAGUCUUUCUGAAAGGUUCAAGGAGAGAUUUCCAAGCUGCAGGGUAAAUCUUGGGAAUUAAGAGCAAGAACAGAUACUUAGGUUUCUUGCCUAAAAUCACAGGGUAGCUGAAAGUUGUAAUGCAGAAUUUCUGUGUACUGUGGUUCCUGGUGGUACAUAAUUUCAACUUCAGAAGCUGUCAUUAAUAUCUUUGUCUCAGCAGCCUAAGACUCAUCAAAUAUACUGUUUCACUGCUUGGUAUGGUGUUAAAGUAGGAAACAACUGCUUCUGCUAUUCUAAAACUGGUAAUUGAGUGCAUAAAUAGAUAUUGAAUACUGUUAAAUGUAAUGGGAAGCAUUAUUGAAUUGUGUGGACUUUCUGCAGUGAAAAAUUUUGGUGUCUGGUUUGCUUCAGUAUUUUAAUUCUUUACUUAACUCUUUUACCUGUAUUGAUUGAUUUACAGAAUUGUUAGGAAAGGAUUUCUGGAGAUCAUUUAGUCCAACCCCAGAGUGCUUAAAAGCACACUGGAUGAAGUGUAUCUGCAAAAGUUACAGUACACAAAACUGGUAAUGAAGAAUCCUAAGUAUACCAUAACUGGGAAUGAAAAGAGACCAUAUAAGACUAAAGGAACAUUAAAAAUAGUCUCUCCAUAAUGUAAGUUUGUUAAUGGCAAAUAAAAUCCAUUUUAGCAGAACUGUGGGCAUUUUGUUUACUCCUAAUUUAUUAGCAUAGGGAGCAGGAGGUUGACUGGGGACUAAGCAGGGAAGGAGAGAUAGGAACAUCAGACCCCAGUCACUUAAAUCCAGGGUAAACCAAGAUUAUUUUGGUCUUGGUGGGUGCAAAGGAGAAAUACCAACCAGAUAUCUUCAAGAGGUAAAAAAAUCACAAAGUUUACUAGUGAAUUACAGAAGGUGACGAACAUUGUCAAAUGAUUUAGUACAACAUGAAACACCACAGCACAGACAUAGCCCACUGAACAUAAAAAUCCUUUAAACCCAUUUGAUAUUAUCUUCUGUGAAAAGAAAGUUAGAAGGAGAAAGGGAGAAAGACAGGAAAAAUGUAGAAAAACAGACAUAGCUACCACCUCCAGGGUUCCAGUGAUGUAGAGCUCCAAGAUGAAGGCAGGGUUAAAGAGCAACAUGACUGCCUCAUGGUCAGCCUUCUUAAAAACCCUUCCUCCCAGGUAGGUCUUUUGGUUGCUCAGCCAUUUAGAAUGCUGGGUUAGGCAGCACUGGCGGGCUGCUUUCAUUGUGCCAUGAGUGACAGACACUGUGGGGCUGGGUCAGGGUACCACCUCACCAACUCCCUACCACAUAUUCCAAGCCCCCAAGAUGUAUCAAAACAGAUUUUCCACUCUCUGACAGAACAUUGUUUGAACUACUCUUUCCCAGUCUCUUCACAGAAACAAAGUAAUCUUAUAUUUUGCAUAAGGCUAGUAUUUUUGUUCACACACAUUUAAUUGCACACACCCUCUCUUAUUUAAAACAAAUUAAUAAAGAUUGGUCUUAGUGGGAUUUGGGGGGUGUCUAAUUGCAAAAGAUGGAAUAAAGUAUUUCCUUGUUUGUUGCGUUGUUGCUACUUGGCCUCUGAUGUUCUAAGCCUCAAAAUGGCAGCAAGUAGUAGCUUCAAAAGUUUGCAUAUUCCUGGAAGUGUGUUUUAAGUUAGCCUUAUUUGUGAAAGAUUAUUGAGCUUUUGAAUGUAGUUUAUGAUUACAUAUAAUGAAUUUCAGUAUUUUUUCAGCUUAACACUUGGAUACUAAAUUUCCUUCCUUUGUUGCCUUUAAACGUGAUAUAGUUAUGCUGAUUUUUUUGGUGAAGUAUAUUGACUGCAGAGCCACUAGCUAUACUAGCUGACCUUUAGAGCAAAGGUGAGUCUGACAAUGAAGAAAGCAUGGGUUUGCAGGAAGAAAACAGAUCACAAAUAUGACCUGUUUUGUGAAGUGGCUGCCACUGAAAUGGUUCAGAUGAUGCUGAAAAUAGAAAUGAAAAGGAGGCUAUCUGGUGUUCUGGCAUCUGCUGGUAUAUACUGGCUAUGAUGGUGACCAUAUUUUUCCAUGUUAGAGGUGAUGGUAGCUUGCAGUGAGCACUUUUGUUUAUUUUUAAGAUACUUAUAAGAAUCUAAUGCUAUAUUCAUUAAACACAGUAUACUUUGUUAGAAAUACAUUAGAAUCCUAUUAGAAUAAAAGAGUGUGUGUUUGAUUAAUUGUGAAUAAGAUGAUAGGUGAAUUUUCUUGGGGAGUGUUUGAAGAUUGCUGAUGACCUAAUCAGACAAAUGUGCAACAGCUAGGAUGCCAGUCUUUGCAUUUAAAGCAAGCUGUCUGCACAUCUGGAAGAUGGAAGCAUUGCAGUACACUCAGAUCAAGUUUGGUCCAUGGUCAUAUCUGAAUGAGAUCGUACUUUUUAGACAUGUUUUUAGAAAGUUUUGUUUAAUAAUAUUGUCAGUAGACAAAUUGCAAAGUAAAGAUGGGGGAAGGUGUUGUGGAUCUGCUAAUGGAUGUAGAUGCUCCAAGAGGUGAGGGACUACAAAGAAUCAAAUGCGCCAAAAGGCUGAAAAAAUUAUCCAGGAAGAUGCUCCAUUUUUGUGUAUGAUAGUAUUCAAGUGUGGUUUUAGCUAUUUAGAAUUAUCAGUAUCUUCAUGGUAUCAUUUAUUUAAAAAACCCACCCACGAUAAUUUUGAAAGACAGACGUUGGUGAUAGGUCUGUUAUGUGACACUGUGCAGAGCUGAGACCAGGCUGAAUAGGGAGGUACUGGUUAUGACUGCUGGGUGAUACAAAAUUCCUUUUAUGUGAUCCUCUCUCAGCACCUUGUGUUGAAUUUUCUGAUCAAGCUCUGUUUUAUUUUUAGGAACUAAGCUUUGUAUUCAUAAUGGAAGUUGAUGUGGCUGGAGAGUCCAGAACUGCCCUCUCCACCCUCUCUGUGCCCCUUGCAGAGGUGAGUUCUGCUGCCAGGAUGGAAGGAGAAAAGCCACGCUGUUCCAGCACCCCCUGCUCACCAUUGAGGCAGACAGUUGCAGGAUAUCAAAUCCUUCACAUGGAUUCUAACUACCUGGUUGGCUUCACAACUGGAAAGGAGCUGCUAAAAUUAUCCCAUAAGUGUAUUGGAAAUGAAGAGAAUAAAAGAGAUUCUUGUCCUAACUUGGGCUCCAAACAUCUUGAUUCAGGAUUUUCACGUUCCUCGCGUUUGUACAAAACUAGAAGUAGGUACUACAAGCCAUAUGAGAUCCCAGCAGUAAAUGGAAGGAGGAGGAGACGGAUGCCCAGCUCAGGGGAUAAAUACAAUAAAGCUUUACCAUAUGAACCUUUCAAGGCACUUCAUGGUCCCUUGUCUUUCUGCGUUUUGAAAGGUAAAAGAGCUAAUUCAAAAUCCCUAGACUACCUCAAUUUAGACAAAAUGAGCAUUAAGGAACCUGCUGACACAGAAGUGCUACAGUACCAGCUCCAACACCUUACUCUUAGAGGGGAUCGUAUGUUUGCAAGAAAUAGCACAUGAGCUAUCAUCUCAAAUUUAGAAAUGAUUUCUGAUCUUUUGUUUGUUGCUGCAGAAAUCCACUGUUGUACUGUAUACAUAACUGUCCACAUUAUAGGUAGUUUUAUCAGCUCAGUGUUACCAGGAAGUAAUUUAUUUGAAUAGUCUUGGCAAUGCAGUGUUCUACAAAUACUUGGAGAGAGAAAUCUUUUCUGAUCAAGCAGCUUCUGAUGCAGAUUUGACUGAACUACUGGGUAUUUCUUUGGAUACAUUUUAACAAAAUAAAAAGCUUUUGAUUUUGGGGAUUUUUUUUCUGUACUGCAACAUCUAGUGUUUACAGCAAUUCAACACUGAAAAAUUUAUGAUGUCUGCUUGGUUGUUGCUAAUUUUGGCUUGAUAUUAGAAACUGCUCUUGGAUAAGUACCCAAGGAGGUUUUUUGGGUUUACUUUUUGUUUCUCUAGUAAAAUGUAUGUGUUUUUCUUACAGCAUGGAUAGGAAAGUGAGCUUGACUGGAUGAAUCACUUGCUAUUUAAACAAUCCAGUUCAUACAUUUUGAGACUGCGCUUGUACUGGUGAUGUGGGUGAGAUUUGUUCGUAAAAGAAACAUUUGCUACUUGAAUCUUAUUAAAUUAUUUUUUUAGUUUCUGCAUUGAAGUAAUUGCUUUGUCCUUUUUAUUCUAUAAAACGUGUUCAGAAUAAAUCUUUGAGUUAUUUAAAGCAAAUUUUUCAGGAGGUUGUGGUUUGGUUUUUUUUUUGCUUGGGUUUUUUUGGGUUUCUGGGUUUUUUUUGUUAGAUUUUGUUUUUAAAUUGUCUAGAGACAGAAAAUGGAAUGUCUGUACUGGUAUAUUGGUAAUGGUUUUGAUUUUAAUUUGUGAUUUUAAUUUCAUCUGUAGUAGAAGAAGGUAUCAACUUCAGCAUUGCUUUGGAAAUUUUGUUGACUUGAAGCACUGAACAUGAGCUCUGGGGAGCAGAUAUUUUUCUUGACAAGGGUGCAAGUGAAAUAUUUCUUGUCUGCGUUGAAGAGAUGAUCUUGAAUUUUGCAGCGAGAUAAUGCACUGGGUUACUUUUGUUAAUAAAUUUGUAUCCAAAUAUGACAUCAAAUGCCACCCUAAUUUUACUUCGGUUUAAAAAUGAAAAAUAGUUUUCAUACUCUUAUUUUUUUAGGUGCAGUCUUGUACUGAAGCAGUGCAUAACUUGAUUUUGCCUCAUGACCUUGGAAGAAGUUAAAAACAAUUUCAUAUUGCUUUGAAACAUAAAUUAUUUGAUCAGUUGUUUCUGAUAGAGUCAAGAUUUUUGUUUGUUUGUUGUUUAUUACUCAGAAGUACUAGAAAGCACUAGUUAGUGCAUGAGCUCUGGGAAAUGAAGAGUUCUUACGCUGUCACUCCACAGUUUAAAUGAAGGCAGCCCACUAGUGAGCAUUUUGUAGUUUGGGGUUUUUUUUAGGUUUAUUAGAAAAUUUAAAAAAUAAACCCCAAUGUGUAUUUUUCAAAGUUAACUACACUGGUGUAAAUUUAAUGUAUUGAACAAUGAUCUUAAAAGUAAAGUCUUCCUAUUAGUCUUUAGGUUGGAAAAGACAAUAUGGUCAGAUGCCAAAGAGACAGUAGCAUUUUAUUCCUUAAAUAAACUCCCUAUUUAUUGAAAUAUCAAAUUAAUUUGUAUUUCUGGCUGAAAAAUAAAAAGGGUAUUAUAAACA